GGGGAGAUUUGGAGAAGUAUUCCUACCACAGCAGUGAUCGGGCGAGGCCAAAGCAAAUCUCGGAGAUAAUCAGAUGGAGUAGUACAAUUGGAAUGUUACUCCCGAUCUUUGAUGGCUGAUGCAUCCAGGCACCUUCUUUUUUAACUUGAUCGACCCCUCCUCAAUUUGUUUUUUCAUCCGGCGCGGCCCAAAAAGUUAUCCGGCGCCCCCAACGCAACGCGUUAUUGCGGCGGGCCCGCCUUGUCAGCGACCAAUUAAUCGUCCCACCGGUUUCUCACCGGCCCUCCUCGGCUCCCGAGUGAAUUUUAAUGGCGGUAUCCCGCCGGUUGCCACGUGGCCGCGUUUAUCACCGUGUUCACACGCCCGCCGGUUUGCAUUCCGGCGAUAAAAAAAAAGGGGCGAUCACCGGUGGUACUCGGCAUUCUACUCUCGGCGCCUCCUCUCCUCCCUCUCGACCAAACCCUCCCUCUCGCCCUUAAACCCUCCCGGCAACGAGAACAUGGCUGCCGGCGACGAGACGUGGCGCCGGGCGAUGCUCACGCUCGAGGAGGACGAGGCCCUCCGCGAGCACGAGUACCCGACAUCGCCCGAUUGCCGGUUGCCGGCGCACUGGACCCUCAGCAUCGGCGCCUGCCGAUGCCAACGGGCCGUGCCUGGACAACUGCCGUCAAUGCCCACUGGUGGCACGGGCUAACGACGGAGGAGUGCGAGGACCCCGGGUGGAACCGCGCCACCGGGGCCAACUGGGCGCCCUUCUUUGCCGACCAUCACGCCAUCGACAUCCCCCGCUACGAGGGCCAAGGCGAGCGCCCGCCGCCGGGACGAUUCAACAUCGACGGCCGCCGACGGUUCUGGAGCGGGCGCUCCGUGGCAGCGGUGCUCGCCCCCAUCGCCGCCGGCGAUCACCCCCGGCUGGAGACACCUCCAGCUCCACCGGCCAUUGGCGGGCAUGCACUGGUACGGUGGCUCCGGCGCAUCAAGGAGGAGCCAGGGGCGUCUUCGCGCCGACGAGGGCGGGAGCCGCCUCACGGCCACCUCCGCCUAGUCCGGCCAAAGCGGGAGCCGCAGUGGGCGCCGGCACCGGAGUACGAGCGCCGGGCGCUCGAAGUGCGCCAGGACGGCGACCCCGAGGAUUUCUCGGGGUAGCGGGCGGCGGAGCGCGCUAGCGAGCGCGAGGCCGAGGAGGCAAAACGCCUCGGCCUCGCCAUGACGGACGCCGAGGCGUUGGCGUGGAGUGCCAAGGAGGCGGCCGAGAAGAAGAAGGCGGGGAAGAGGCCGGCGCCAGAGGUGAA